CUGCUAGCAGUUGAUAAGCUAACUGCUAACGUAAUGUCGACAGCCUGUAAAGUGAUAGUUAUCGACAGUGGACCGUGGCCGCCACAGGGGGCGCUCGUUGACUUCCUGAUUUUAUUCCACGAAGAAGAACGCAGAGGCUGCAACCCACAAGAACCUGCUAGCAGUUGAUAAGCUAACUGCUAACGUUAUGUCGACAGCUUCUAAAGUGGUUCUGGGAGUUUCUGUGGUUCUGACCGUGAGCACCGUGGCUGCCGUCCACCUCAAACAGGGCCAGGACAGACAGCGUCUCCAGGAGGGCGUCCUCAGAGAUUUGGAGCGUUUGGAGAGGAAGAAGGAGAACUUGCGGCUGCUGGAGGAGAACAGGAAGUUGACCACGCAUCUAGAAGAAGACCGAAGGCGUAGAGAGGCGGAGAUCCGCCCUCAAGACCUCACCCACCAUUGA